UUUCCUAUGAAACUGCAGCAAAGAAAGAACUACGAACGUUUUACGUUAGUGUCGCAGACUGACGUAAAUAACAGCUCCACCGUUUUAGUCAAAGAUGGCGGUCCCCAUCCGUGUGUUGUGAGGUACUAUUUUAAAUGUAUAUACGGUUAAUAUAACUACAGGUAUUUACGCCUAUUUCGGGGUUUAUUACAAAAAAGCCGUAUUUCACGAGGUGCAAGCUUUCUCUAGUUGUUUGUCAUUCAAGGCGUCAAAAUGUCUAUGCAAGGUGCGACCGCGUUUCAGCAGAAGGUCAGUCGGAUGUUGAGUAGACACCAGAAAAAGCCUGUGCUGAAACCUAACAAGCCGCUUGUUCUGAAAGAUGAGGUUGCUAAUCGGAAAAUCAAAAAAGGAGAGGCCACAUGUGUCACGGAAAUGUCCGUCAUGAUGGCCUGCUGGAAACAGAACAACUUUGUGGAUGCCCUCUGCCCAAAUGAAACACAAGCUUUCUUCAAGUGUGUGGAGAAUGCCCAGGUUGCAAUGAAAACAAAAAUGGACCAGAAGACCAUCGGCCAGUCAGGACGUCUACCCCCUAAACUAGCCACAACUCUCCUGAAGAAAAACCCCAACAGAGACAUUGAAAUCUAAGAACCCCCCCCACCCCUCCAGAGACUAUGACAUUGAAAGCAGUGGGGUAGGGUGCUGUUCCCGGCUUGUCCCUUGUGGUCAACUGAGGUCCAGGGUGUUCCGGUAAAUACUCACACCUUGGGGAUCCAGAUUCAAUCACUCUGACGAACAUUGGCAAUGCCAACCAUGAUUAAUCAAUGGGUGAAUUAAGUGGAUAUACUGGACUGCAGAUGCACUUUUUGUGAUUGCUACUUUUAAGAGUAUUUUGUUAGUGGUCAUCAGUACAAUAAUACAAUUAAAAAGAUGCCUGUGCCAGUAA